UCCCCGUUCCCGCAGACAUGAGAUACCGGCAGGCGCUGGCGGCAGUAGCGCUCCUGACGGGCAUGCUGCUGCUGCACGGGAUGAUGCAGAACCACUUCAGGCUUGUUCUGCCUCCAACACUGAGCCCCGAGCGGCGGAGGGCGGCGCUUACCCCCGCGCCCGCAUCCUUCCAGGGCGCCGAGGAGGAGCAGCGCGAGAGGGCGGUCGCAGAGAUGACGCGGGUGGAGGCGAGCGACCCCUUCAGGAUCCACCUGGGCGGCGGGGGGAGGGGGGUCCUGCAGCGCCCCCCGAAGGCCGUCGUCCUGUGGACGGGAUGGAGGAGCGGCUCCACCUUCGUCGGCAAACUGCUCGCCAGGGCCACUAACGCCACCUUCUACAGCUACGAGCCUCUGCACAUGUACAAGGUGCAUGUGCUCCACCGGGACCGCAACGACACCCGCGCGGCCGUGAGGCUCCUGAGGGACAUCCUACGCUGCCGCCUCCUGCGCCACCAGGACCAGGUCUCCUACAUGGCGCACCAGAAGUGGUACCUCAGAGAAAACGCCUUCCUGGGCAGCCGCUGCAGGCCCAGCAGGGCAUGCAGCAGCACUGCCUUCGUCGGCAAGGUGUGCCGUAUGGCGAGUCUGCACGUGGCCAAGGUGCUUCGCCUGAGCCUUCGGUGGGCACGCCCUCUGCUAGAAGACGAAGAUCUAGACGUCCAGAUCAUCUAUAUGGUUCGCGACCCGCGCGCCGUUUUCAGUUCCCGAUCUAGGGUUGACUGGUGCACGUCCUCUACCUGCCGCGGCUUUCAGACUGUGUGUUCUCUUCUGGAAAAGGACCUUACGGAAGCUGCGGCACUCCUACAGGAAUAUCCUCACAGGUUUAUGUUCGUCCAAUAUGAAGAAAUGUGUCAAAAUAUGUCAGCUGCCUUGUCUGACAUAAUGGACUUCCUGGGGUUACCGGUAACUAAUGUACAACAGAAUAUGCUGAAAUAUAAAAACCCAUCCACUGACCCACUUAUUAUCACGAAGAACAGUCUCCUGCAGGCGCAGCUCUGGCGCAACAUGACCUCCUACGCGGAUAUUGUGGUUCCCGUCCAGGAACACUGCAGGGCAUCGCUGGAGAAACUGGGCUUCAGGAUAUUCUCCUCCAGCACUGAGUUUCAGAACCUCAGCGUCCCAGCACUGAUCCGGCCACCUAUACCGUAGCUCAUAAUUGAUUAAACAUAGUUGGCUUAUGUUUGUUAUCACGAUGAGAGAAGCUCCAUACAGGGAAAUAUGGCAAACAGAUAUUGGCGUUUCUCCAUUUUAAAAGCAUUUUUUUUCCUAAAAGCAACGAAGGAACUGUAAUAUUAAUCAAGUAGGAAGACCCACUGUUUUGGUAGCAUCAUUUCUGCAAUGCUGCGUUCCUGAAAUUAAUCUAAAAACAAACGUCAGCCAAAAUGUAAAUCUUGUUGAAUGAUGUAAAAUGUUGAGUUUCCAGUAACAUUACCAACGUAAAUCGGGUUGCUUUUCCAAAGCAUUAUUAGUCGACAUCACACUCUUGUUUUAAGUAAACCUAGGUGCCUCAACUUCAGUAGCAUUGAAUUUCAGCCAAACAGAUUUCAUGAUAAAAUAAACGUAUCUUAUCAAAUAUGGAACUUGCUUCAAAAUCGAACAAAACUCGGCUCCUCAAAUCAGGUCGUGUUAAGGGAACCUCAACCUUUUUCAAUGGACUUGUUCACUCCUUUAAAGUUGCACUAUCUGCUGAAGAGAGAAAAUAUUUUUAUAUGGUUGAUUACAGUGAAAAUAAAAGGCAUUUCCUCACUUUACUUAAGCCACUUAUCAUCACAUAAGACAACCUCCCGGGAUGGGGGAAUAGGGUUUUGUCCAGUUUCUCUUCCUUCUGGCGAGCGGGUUCAUGGAAUUCCUGUAAAUAUCCUCACUUGUUUGUGAAUGACAUAUCACGUGAGCUUUAUUUUCUUAAACAAUGACUUGUUUAGAUGUACUGGUGAUAAAAAACACACUCAGAACAUUUUAUUAAAAAUUAACCAAAGACCUCUAUGCACACAGUAAUGCAGCUUUUUCAUUGACUUUACUGGACUGCUGCCGUGCCAAGGCCUAAUCCUAAAUGAAAAAAGAAAACUGAAAUAUAUAAAAUCAAAAUUAGAUACCGAAAGCGAUUCUUUUGCUCCAAUGAUGAACUAGAUCGUGCAAAAGCUGGAAAAUAUUCAUUUCGACUAGUAGAAUAAGGCAUAGCAUUUCUGCAUUCUUUGCCAAGAUAAUAAAAUCGGAAUUAAUAUAUUUGUUUUAUGUUUUCUAUUACUCAUGGUAUAGUCAUGUUAUGAAUUUCAUAAUGGACUUUGGUGCAUUGCGCUCACGGACAAACUUGGAUCUCGUCAGCCAAUCGCAGUAGUCGCGGUAGAACCUUUUUUCUUUCAAAUAUAUUUAUACAUUUAUUUAGAAUUAUCUGCCGCGUCAGAAUCUAGGCCCAUUAGAGGCGCAUUCAAAAUAAUAGCCUCAGGGCGAAGUCCCCGGGUAAGGAAGAUUUUUUGGGUUCAUGUGGCGAUGUUAGUGGAUUCUAUAAUGGUUAAUGGUAAAAAAAAGAGGGGGGGCAGACAUCAAAGGUCAUAUAGCAUUAUGAUAAAGUAUUGUCGCGAAAAGAGUAAAAAUGAGUAAACGAUUAGGCUAUGUGGACAGACGAUGAGGGUGAAGAGAAUGAAAAGGAAAGAGGGAAGUUCAUGCAAAACCAGUUGAGGCGAGGACCGAGGGGCAAGUCCAGGGUGAUCCCCUGCACUGGGCCUCAGUCCCCGUCCCCUAAGCUCCUCACGACAACAACGAGCAAGGGAUUGGGGAGAUUUCUGACUGUGUGUAUUGUACACCAUGAUUCCGGUUCUUAUAUCCUGGAACACCAAAAAAUAUAACGUUAUCGUUAA